AUGAAAGCAUACAUCAUUGCCCUCAUAGUUUGUUCCUCUGUGAUUGCAGCUUUGUUUGUACUAUGUUGUCUCUUCAAAGUUAGGUCAAAAAAGAAACCAAAAACUGUUGCUGCCCCUGCCACUACAACCGCCAAUUAUAGGCCUCCUCCUCCCCGUCCGACCUAUAGGGAUGUUGAGAAAGGACUAGAGAAGCCAAAAACAAGCCGAACCAAGGAUGGUGGCAUGCUUAUUAUGGCCGGAGCUGGCGCAGUUGCCGCCACCGUAACGACAACUGCUGUCAGUCGCAGCAGCGAUGGAGACGGGGGUGGGUGCAGUGGUUGUGGUGGAGGUGGUGGUUGUGGUGGAAGUUGCGGAUGA